AUGGCUUUGUGUUCUCACUGCCAAACCCUCGACUUCCGCUUUGUUGGAUACUAUCGCCCUGAAUUAGACUACCCAAGGGUCGCGCUUGCCACGGACGCUGAACUGUCAAAUCAGGAGGAGCAAGAGGGAGGAUCAGAUUCAUCAGCAACGCUCAAUGUAGGCAAAAACGAAAUCGACGGGGACGAUCAUGAGACUGUGAUCGAACGCGAGCACGAUGAAGAAUUGUCCGCAGCUUCUGACACUAGCUCCUCUCGAGGGACCCCGGGCAACGAAGACCUUUCGCUGCGAGAAGUUCUCGAUCGCGAGGACGUUUGCCUGUUUUGCAGACAGAUCUCGUCUCUGUUCAGAACCUGGUCGAAAAGGUUCUGGCCGAACCCGACCAAAACGGACCUAGAUAGUGGCCAAGUUUCGUUUUCCGGAGAGGGUUCCGAUGUUGUGGACGAGGCUGCACAUACAAGACACGAUGGUACCCUCUGUGUGGCAAAUGUGUCGGUUACCCUCAACCGUUGCCAGGACGGAGCUGUUAUGCAUUACCAGCGAACUCGGGAGCAUCCACCUACCGUUACAGAGAUAUGCGACCAACUAGAACCGUCAAAUGUUGGUGCCAAGCAAGGGAAUACCUCCGUAUGGCUGGAUCUAGAACCAUAUUACGGCCGCAUACGGCCGCCUGAGAUCGACUUCCGUUUGCUGAGAGAAUGGAAACGAAUCUGCGACAACGAUCAUGGAGAUUCGUGCGGUCUGACGUCUAUCCACGCCAAGCGACGCCCCGAUAUGAUCCGCUGCAUAGACGUCGAUGCAAUGUGUAUUGUCGAACUGCGGGAUGCGGGAGCCAAGUGGGUGGCCCUGAGCUACGUCUGGGGUAAACGGACUUUCGAAGUUUUGAAGAAGGAUUCUUUGGGGUCGCUGCGAUGUCCUGGUGCUUUGGACCCCUCGUGGAUACCUGAUACAAUCUUGGACGCUAUCACCGUCACGCGCAUGAUAGGGGAGAGAUACCUCUGGACCGACAGUCUCUGCAUCAUCCAAGACUCGCCUCAAGACAAGGCAACCUUCAUCCCCCUCAUGGACGUCAUAUACGGACUGGCCUCAAUGACCAUUGUCGCCCUGUCCGGAGAAGGCGCAUACGACGGGCUCCCGGGAGUUCGCUCGUCGUCGCGAGCCUCGGCAGAAGGACCUUUCUUCUUGAACGGGGUGUGGCUACAGAGAGCCCCGCCCCUUGACGGGUUGGGAUUCACCCCGGCGGAUCGAAGUCGAAGCCGAUAUAUGACGCGCGGGUGGACUUUCCAAGAGAUAUUGCUAUCCCGCCGGCUGCUGAUAUUCACACCAGAGGUGGUGUUUUGGGAGUGUCAAUCGGCUACCUGGCGCGAAGACGCCAACUGGGAGAUUCUGGAUCCCGUUAACCGUGGCCUCACUCUCUUUCGCAACAGUGUUUUCGGGUUUGAGCACGAGGGCAUUCAUGUCCCCAAGGCCGAUCCGGAGUCUUUCAACCGGAUGUAUCAGAGCUUGGUAUCUGACUAUGGCCGAAGGGAGUUGACUUACGAUGGAGAUGGUCUAGCUGCCAUCGAGGGGAUUCUGGCCUCGAUCGAGCUCACCAGUGGGAUUGGCUUCGCCUGGGGGCUGCCGAAGCCAUAUCUGGGCGUGGCAAUUACAUGGCCGACAGACAACAAUGCCAGCAGGGUCCGCAGGCGCAAAGCGACCUACAUGAUGGUCACCAAGCAUGAUACGAUAUAUGUCCCGUACCCGAGCUGGUCAUGGGUGGGGUGGAUAGGCCCGAAUCUGUUCGCCGACCUGUUUGGACAUCUGGCGGGGGAACACGCCGGUUUGGUGUUUUACAUGCUUGACGGCGAGAAGGACCGCCUCGUCGUCAUUGAACAGAACCAGGAGUUCAUCAAGAUGGAAAGCAGCAACCGACCGCACCGCAGGGCGCCACCGACGUGGAGAGAAGAUGCCUUUCGGGAGGUGUCUAUGAAGCAGGUCCCGCAAUCGCUGCUCGUCCCGGAGUUAAGACCAGCACUUUUGAUCUUCUGGACUAGUUGCUGCACCUUGAUGUUGGACCAUAACAUGACAAGGUCGGAAGUACGCCAGGAAGAGGGAAAACUAGACGGAGGAGACGAAGAAGAGGAGGAUGAAGAGGAUGCAGACGAUGAACAGUCCGAACGGGUUCAGAUGUUAUGUGAUCGCAGAGGAAACAAGGUGAGAGUAGUGUGGGAUCAUUACCCCAAUCACCUGACUACUGCAUCUGAUGAAGCAGAGUUGAUCGUCGUUGGACGAAGCAGUACGGAGUAUGCCAGACCUCGAAGUGAGUUGGUUGCUUAUAUGGUGGAGAAGCAUCCCUCAGGCGCAAGGACUCGAGUAGUGACUGCCACAGUGGCCGAAGAGCAAUGGAAUGCUUUGGCAGAUAGGAGAUGGGAGCUUGUAUUCCUGCUGUGA